GCGGCGGGGUUCCGGCGGCGCUUGGGCUGCUUGGGCUGCUUGAAAAGAGUAGGAGUGUUGGAUAGAGGGAGGCAGCGAUGGCACUGUUAGCUUCAGUCUCGGACUCGGAGACGGAUUCGGAGGCGCUCUCGGAUGCCGAGCUGCAGGAGGCCUUCGCUCGGGGCGAUCUGAAGCCGGGGCUCAACGUGGAGCUCGAGGCGCCGAAACGGAGGCGCAAUGACGUGGCUGGGCUCGGUCAGUGUCUGGCUGAGUUCCGAAGGGACCUGUCAUGGUUGGAGCGACUGGACGUGACCGUGGGGCCCGCGCCCGAGCUCCCAGGGCAGCAGACGCCCGUGCAGCCUGGAUCCGUGGACCCCGAGGACGAUUUCCGAAGGGAGAUGACCUUCUACCGCCAGGCCCAGGCUGCCGUCCUGGCUGUGCUGCCCCGGCUCCACCAGCACCAUAUCCUCACCAAGAGGCCUCAGGAUUACUUCGCAGAGAUGGCCAAGUCCGACCAGCAGAUGCAGAAGAUUCGACAAAAGCUGCAAACAAAACAGGCUGCCAUGGCGAAGUCUGAAAAGGCCAAGCAACUUAGAGCACUCAGGAAAUAUGGCAAGAAGGUGCAGACAGAGGUUCUUCAGAAGAGACAGCAGGAGAAAUCAAAGAUGAUGACGGCUAUCAAGAAAUACCAGAAAGGCUUCUCAGACAGACUAGACUUCCUUGAGGGAGAUGACAAGGCACUCUCACGGGGCCAGAAGGAAGGAGCCAAGGCCAAGCAGAUGAAGAAAGGGCCCAGCGCCAAGCGACGGUACAAAAACCAGAAGUUUGGUUUUGGUGGGAGGAAGAAAGGGUCCAAGAGGAACACUAAGGAGAGCUAUGAUGAUGUGUCCAGCUUCCGGGCCCGGACUGCCCAUGGCAAGGGCCCCCACAAGAUGGGCAAGAAGCUGUCCAAUAAGAGACCUGGAAAACGGGCAAGAGACAAAAUGAAGAAUAGAACACGCUAAGUGCCACCUUUUAUGCAGAGGAUUGGGAAGAAAAGACAGGCCGCAGGCUUAUGCCACAGCCAUCCCUUGGCUGCCUUUGUUUUCUGAGCUGGUGGGGCUGGGCAGAUGGGGGCUACCCCUCCAGCACUGGCUGGUUGGGGGGGAACUGGGGGUGGGGUGGGGACCAUAGGAUGGGUUGGGGCAGUUUCAGAGGAUUGGGGUGUGUCAAGGACCAAGGAGCCAAAUGUCCCUGACCCAGCUAGUCUGAGCUCUCCCUGGCCUUCAUGCGCCAGAAUUCUGCCAUAUACUUCGUGAUGUCCAUGUAGUGACGGAAAAAAUUGACCCUUCUGUCCCAGCGCUCACUGGGGACCUGGAGAGGGAAGGACAUGGCUGUGAGCAAGUGGGUAGGCAGCUGUCCACGCUUGUACCCUGCCCCAAGUCUCCCUGUCCCUGCCUCUAGGCAUCUUAGCCAGCCCCUUUCCACGGGUCAUGUAAAUAAAUGACUUGUCAGGAA